AUGGCUAAGCUUGUGCUUCUCAUCCGAGGAGCUGCGCUGCUGCUUUGUCUAUCGAUCUCCCAAACAGCUUCCACUUCCCAUGUUCAAGCGAGUGUGUCAGGAGCCUGCAUCAGCAGCGAGCGAGAUGCGCUUCUGUCCUUCAAGGCAAGCCUCCUCGACCCUGCUGGCCAUCUCUCGUCAUGGCAGGGUGAGGAUUGUUGCCAAUGGAAGGGAGUCCGGUGCAGCAACAGAACUGGCCAUCUCAUCAAGCUCAACCUCCGCAACAUCGACAUGUACGGCAUGGGCUACUACAUGUACGCCACGGGCUACUAUAUGUAUGAGUACGGCUACUACAACUACAAGUACAACUACCCGAACAGGAGCAGAUCAUUGAGCUUGUCGGCAGGCAAGAUGAGCUCUUCUUUGGCUACUUUACAACACCUGAGGUAUCUCGAUCUGAGCUGCAAUGACUUCAACGGCACAAGCAUCCCCAUGUUCUUGACUUCUCUCAAGAACCUAAGGUAUCUCAACCUCUCGUAUGCAGGAUUCAGUGGGAGAAUACCUUCCCAACUUGGCAAUCUGUCAAAGUUGCAAUAUCUUGAUCUCAGUUGGAAUUAUUAUUAUCAUUAUGGGAGGAAUAGGUCUUACACAAUGGAUCUUGCAUGGUUGCCACGUCUUUCUUUGUUGAGUCAUCUUGAGAUGAGCUAUGUGGAUCUUAGCUCUGUGAGGGAUUGGUUUGAGAUGGUUAACAUGCUUCCUUCUCUUAAAGUGCUUCGCUUGUCCGACUGUGGACUCAAUGGUACCGUGUCUGCUAGUAUAUCAAUUUCCAACCUCACACAUCUCGAGGUCCUUGAUAUGUCCACUAACACCAUCAGAAUACCUUCCCAAUUUGGAAAUCUCUCAAAGUUGCAAUAUCUUGAUGUGAGUGGGAAUUAUUAUGCUGAUGUGGAUCUUGCAUGGUUGCCACGUCUAUCUUUGUUGAGAUAUCUUGACAUGAGUUUUGUGGAUCUUGGUUCUGCGAGGGAUUGGUUUCGGAGUGUUAAUAUGCUUCCUUCUCUUAAAGUGCUUCGCUUGUCCUUUUGUGGACUCAAUGGUACCAUGUCUGCAAGUAUAUCACUUUUCAACCUCACACACCUCAAAUUCCUUGAUAUGACUUAUAACACCUUCCACACUUCACUCAGGCAUGCGUGGUUUUGGAAUCUCACAGGCCUUAAAGAGCUUUACCUCUCAGAUUCCAGCUUGGAAGGGUCCAUUCCUAGUGAUUUGGCAAAUAUGGCGUCCCUUCAAGUCAUAGACUUUAGUUGGAACAAUCUUGUGGGUUUGAUACCAACGAAAAUAGAAAAUUUGUGCAAUUUGACGAGAAUGAGGUUUGAUGGUAACAACAUAGGUUCGAGCAUAGGGGAGUUCAUGGGGCGAUUGCCAAAGUGCUCACGGAAUACACUGCAAGAAUUGUCAGUGCGGGGUGGAAAUAUGACUGGGAAUCUUCCCAUUUGGAUAGGGAACAUGACCAAUCUUAGUGUUCUUGAAGCAUCUGAAAACAUGUUGACUGGCCCUCUGCCUGUAGGACUUGGAGCACUGGGUAAUUUGGAAAUGUUGGACCUCAGCUACAAUAAGUUCAGUGGUGUGAUGUUGAAAGAACAUUUUGCAAGCUUAGGCAAAUUAGAGUUUUUGUACCUCAACUCCAAUAAGUUCAGCGGUGUGCUAUUGAAAGAACAUUUUGCAAGUUUAGGCAACUUAAAGCUUUUGGAACUCAGCCACAAUAACUUCUAUAGUGUGAAAGACCAAUUUGCAAGGUUAGGCAACUUAAAGGUUUUGGAUCUCAGCUACAAUAACUUGAACAGUGUAAAAGUUCAAUUUGCAAGCUUAGGCACAUUAGAGCGUUUGGACCUUAGCCACAAUAGCUUGAGCGGUGUGCUAUUGAAAGAACAUUUUGCUGGUUUAGGCAACUUAAAGGUUUUGUUUCUUAGCUACAAUAACUUCAACAGUGUGAAAGAACAAUUUGCAAGCUUAGGCAAAUUAGAGCAUUUGGACCUUAGCCACAAUAACUUGAGCAGUGUGCUAUGAUACGUCUCCAACGUAUCUAUAAUUUUUGAUUGCUCCAUGCUACUUUAUCUACUGUUUUAGGCAAUAUUGGGAUUUAUUAUCCACUUUUAUAUUAGUUUUGGGACUAACCUAUUAACCGGAGGCCCAGCCCAGAUUUGCUGUUUUAUGCCUAUUUCAGUGUUUCGAGGAAAAGGAAUA